UACAUUUCCCAGAUUGCAUCUCAAUGUGUAUAGCUUGCUAGUUCGGUAGCUAGGUCAAACGGGUUUGCUUGUCUAUUUGUCCUGAUUUUGAGUAGGCAACUGAAAAAGUCAAUACAUAAAGGAAGUACGUUUCGAAUCUAUUUAUUUGCUGAUUUGGAAGCGAUGAUCAGCUUUUUGUGUAAUUAUUUAGCUUCAUUUGUCUUCACUGGCCAGCUAGCCCACUGAAGCUUAUUUUUAGUCAACAUUCGAGAUAUCUUAUGCAGAACGGUGAGCAUUUCGGUAUGGAAGAUGAAACAUACACAGACAUCGACGGCAAGGCCAUUUCUCUGGAGUGUCAAAGUCAUUCUGGUUUUUGUAGGGAGUUCACGGUUAGCUCUGCUAAAGUCUCUAUAAGCAGAGUCAUGGUGUACACUUGUGCAGUCUGGAUGACUGCAUACAUCAUAUUCUUUUUUACUGAGAACACUGCUGUUCUGUCCAGUGCCAUAAUCAUCACACUGGUUGGAAUGAUGAUUCACAUCCACUUUGUGAAGGUGGACCACGAGACCCUGCUUGUCAUCGGUUCGCUUGGUGUCCAGGUGUCUUCCAGCUAUGCCUCCGGACGAGAGUCCACGGACUUCAUCGAGAUGGACAAAAUCAAAGACAUCGUCAUCAAUGAAGCUAUACACAUGCAACGAGUUAUUUACUACCUGUGUAUCCUCCUGAAGGACCCUUCGGACCCUAGUGGGGUGUCCAGUGUGGUGCCAUUGUUUCAGAGUUCAAAGCCAAGAUUGAACUGCCUGGUCAAGGUAUACAGGAGCUGCCAAGAGAUUCUGGCAAAGUGCUGAAGACGACAACAUCCUGGUAACAUGUUAAACCUACCACUGACCAUAUGCUGGAGGUGCGUGCUGACUUCAGCACAUAAUGAGUCAUGAACCAUGUUUAGAAUAAUGUCACGUUAUGAAUUCUUAGUGAAAACGUAUACAUUAUAGUUUUCUCUAAGUGUUGUUGCAAAAUCAGGUUUUGGCUUUAUAAUACGUCAACCCAUAACAAUAUUGUAGCAAUUUGACUGUCAUUAAGAGAAUAGUUUAAAAGUCAGCCCUCAUUUAAUGUGAUCUGUUAUUAUUUGCCUAGGUCUUAGAGCGGUCCCUCAUGUCUUAGUAUUUGUGAUUGUAUUCUGUUCAUUUCUGUCUACUUACAGUUUUCACUUGCAACUGUCUUUACUUGAUAAUCAACAUAAUAACAGGUAUUUCCUGUUGAAACAAGGUAUUUAGGUAUUUUUAUAUAACUGUAUAUUUAAAAUUAGAAUUGUAUUCCAUUUGAAGAGUUUAUAAUAUUUAUUUAAUGAUACAAUAAAUUGUUACCACCA